UGGCUCUCAGGUCUAAAGAGAUAUGGAGAGGAUUACUUUCCUUUGUACUUCGAUAAUUUAGUUUGAACAUAAAUUUAAUUUUACUUCAUAAAAAGCAGUUAGUCUUUGGCACCAAAUAAAACAUUGAUGUACAUCAUUCCAAUUCUACGUAUAUAAAAUGUUAAGAAGAAACGAGAAACUUGGAGAUUUAAUACUUUGAAGAGAUAGAGGGAGAAAAUACUCGUUAUCUGUUUAAAAUUUACUAAAUAUAAUAAAAAUUGUUAAAAGGAGGGAGAAAAUACUCGUUAUCUGUUUAAAAUUUACUAAAUAUAAUAAAAAUUGUUAAAAGGUGUAACAUUACACUAAAAUGAUUGGAAAAUUUAUGGUUCUAAAAUCAUUUCAAGUCUAAAAUUAAUGUUUAUAUAUACCUUUUAAGUAGAAUUGUCUCGGUUUGACUUGUACUUUCGGGGGUAGGAGUGGAAGGCCUUUAAAAGAAUAUAUAACACACUUUCUGAUUCCAAUUAAAACAUUAAUAUUUAUAAUGUAUAUUAUCUAUAUAACGUGAAACAAAGCACUACAUGAAAGUAGGCAUAUCAAGCCAAAGAAAGAUAACUCUUAUAAAAGCUGUUAAACUCACCGCUUUGGCAGGCCUUCCAUUUCCAACUCUUCACUCAUCUUCAACCACAUUUGUUCGAACUCCUCGAAUGAAUUUGCUGAAUUUGUGGAGUCGCUGUCAGGAGAAAAAAUAAAUACUGUAAAUCAGACCCAUACUGAAUUCAAAAAAAUUCCAUUUCUAGUUCUUCACCCAUCAAGCUUAGAAAAAAACCCUCAAACUAUGUAAUAUAUACUGAAAGAUACAUGUGAAAUUCAAAUAAUUAAUAUAUAGAGCACUAAAUAUUCACAACUAAGUACUGAAAUUUUACGCUCCAACCCGGGGUCGAACCAGCGACCUGGCACCCUCCGCCUAGCAAGACUGUCAACUCAGCACAUUAGCCCAUUCGGCCAAGAUAUGACCUCCCAUAUAUAUAUAUAUAUAUAUAUAUAUAUAUAUAUAUAUAUAUUAAGUAAAAAAAUAUUUUUUAAAAAUUGUUCUACUUACAGAAUGUCAAGAAACUUUUCUGCCAUGAUCAGAUUUUUUGUCAAUGAUAAUUUCUGUUUGCAAACUCCAUUUAUAUAUAAUUUCGGGUGGACGUUAUGGAUGAUGAUUAGGUCUUUGGAGUUUCUUAACUCUAAUUUCGUAACACUAUAAUUGGUUGGUUGAGUAAUGACCGAGAAGUGCCCCUAUUGAUCGUAUUUAUCAUCUGCACCCCUUUUAGUCACGUUUGAAAAAUACCGCCCGGUUGUCCAAUACCUGCGCAAACAUUGCAGCAGGAAGUGUCCCACUUAUUUACGUGGCCUCAAUAAUUAACUCGGUUAAUGAUCUCAGCUUACUGAUUAAUUUUACACAAAAUAUAUAUGUAUUAUGAAUGUAGUUAUGGAACAACAUCAAUCAUUGUAUUUCCGCUGUAUAUUAUAUAAUCAUUAAUUCCUACACGAAUUACUAACAAUUAGUUUACUAACUUUAGGGGGGGGGGGGGGAACCGAACAAUUUCAUGGAGACAGGAUCAGAAUCAUGCUCAUUUCUAUAUAUGGUUGGGGAAACUGGAGACUCUUGUCUGUCAUUAUAUCAUUGUAUCAGCUUGAAAUGUACAUGAGGGCUAUUCUCAGCCAGCGCCAGUACUGAGUAGGGAAAAUAAACAAUCAAAAUAAUUUGAUUAUAAAAUACAUUUAUUAUAUAUGAUAUUUAAAGGGUCACCAACAUGCGUAAAAAUGGUGGUGUGACUGAAUGUGUGAGAUUUGUGACACACACUUGUCUCAUACAAAAAUGUCCUAAUGAUUUGUUAUAUAAUUUCGGAACCGUCUUUCAAACCAGGGGGGCAGCUCCGGAAUUUGAAGCUACGGUUAGAGUGGGCGCCGUCCGGGUUUUAUGCAAGGGGUAUGAUCAGCCCUGGUUGGGGCCCAGGGGACGAUUUUUAAAAAAUAAUUUUUAAACGUUUGUAAAUAUAAGACCUGCAAAAUCACAGCAAAACUCCUGUCAUGUAGAAAUAUAUCUUUUUUACUUUUUUUCUUACGAAUGGUUGUAAAUUAAUCAGAUUAUUAAAAAAAAAUCAUGUUCAAUAGGACGAUUUACUGAUGAAGUUGAAAAAGAUAACCAUGCCCGCUUGUAUUGUACUCGUAUAAUAAACAUCAAAGAGUCAUUUUAAACGCUACUUUGUAAAACCAAUUACUUAAAGUCGAGUGACUGACACAUUUGAAUAAAAAAAAGAAUAAUUAGAAUAAUCAGAGUUUCCAUAUUUGCAAUAACAGUGGCGGAUCCAGAGAUUUUUUAUUCCAAUGAAUGAUAUUGUAUUUUUUGUUCAACAUGUAGGGAGAGGGUGAAUUAAGUUUUUAUAAACUGUGCCCAAUCCCGUUGUAAUAUUUGAUAUAAAAUAAAUUAAUGAAUUAUAAGAUAAAUCUAAUAACUCAUUUAGUAAAUGAGACAAAGAAAAGAUUAAUGGGAUGUCGAAAAAAAUAUGGUAUGAAUUGAUGAAAAGUGUAAAGGUUGCGUUGCUGAUGGAAAUACCCGCGAAUCCUCCGUCACAUGAUCAAUUUAGCUCAUGCGACUUUUUUAUCAAAUGGAAAAUGGAGGGACGAACUACAGCAUGUGUGAUAUGUGCUGCAAUAGUGAUGAUGACACUUCAAGAUUUUUAUACUUUUGCUAAAAUUAUGGAUGUUGCGCAGUGUCCAAGAUGUCUGAACAAACGUGGAGUUGUAACGUGUAAAACUUACAAGAACAAUUGUGUCAGUGUUUUCCUUAAUCGUGCCAGAACCCAAAUCCGUGAAAUUCGCGUCCCUAUGUGUACUAUCGAUAUUGUGGUCAACAGAAAGUGGGAGUCCCUUACUGACUUUCCAGUAGUGCGGGACAUUAGGGGACAUCAAUGUGCCAGUGUAUUCAAUAUGCCUACUGAAGAGUCCAAGAUGUUGGCCACCACUACAAUACCAUCCACUUCAUCAGCAAAUACACAAGGGAGGGCUUGGAUUGGGCCAGCGUCAUUGAAAAGUACAACUCAAGAUAUGCCUACUGAAGAGUCCAAGAUGUUGGCCAUCUUUACAGUGCCAUCCACUUCAUCAGCAAAUACACAAGGGAGGGCUUGGAUUGGGCCAGCGUCAUUGAAAAGUAAAACUCGAGAUAUGCCUACUGAAGAGUCCAAGAUGUUGGCCACUUCUACAAUACCAUCCACUUCAUCAGCAAGAACACAAGGGAGGGCUUGGAUUGGGCCAGCGUCAUUGAAAAGUACAACUCGAGGGUUACAAUUAUCUACCGAAGAAUUUGACGUGCCUGGGACCGCAGGUGUUUUUGCCUGGGCAGUUGUCACAACACUUGCCAUUAUUCUGAUUGUGAUAAGGCAUCUUUUGCUUUCGAAAAUAAAAUGCUGCUGUAGAAGGCAAGUCAACCAUCUUCCUAGAACACCAUCACCACCUUCAACACCGUGCACUCGUGAAACUGUAGAGCAGAUAAGAAUGCAUUUAUUGCACACACCAUCUUCCAUUGCUACCACCCCCAGCAGUUUAUCGGCGUCAACCCCCAACACAGUAGUUUCAGUAACUCGACCUCUCCUUGGUGAUGAUGACGAUGAACCUAUUUCACAACGUACCAGGGCUAAAAGUGUCGCAAAGAGACUUAGCCUGUAAUUUCUUUACUAGUUUUUCAAAGGGAUGAUAUUACUACGUUUUGAACUUUUUAAUGACUGUGUAGUGUACAAGUUUUGAAAAUGAUAACAGUAAACAGUUUUAUGAAUGUGUAAUCAGUUUAAAGUUGUGCAUUUUUUAUGACAGAUUUUUUUGGAAUUGGAAAAAGCAUAAAGUUUGGGACUUUUUGAACUGUUUAAGUUCCAUUAUUUUUCCUUUUUUUACAAAACAGAUUUGUUAAUGACAUAACAAUUUGAUGACAUUUUACUUUUUUUAAUGAAUGUACAUGUAGUACAGAGCAACGGUAUUGUUUAAGGACAUUGACUCGUUAGUUUUUCCUAUGGUUGCUUUUAAUGUUUUUGUAUUUUUUAUUUUUUUUUUUAUUUUAUGCGACAGUUUGUAUUUUACUUGAAUACUGAUCAAAGGAAAAUUUAAAGUCCUGCCUUUAUUUGCUGAUUAUUAUAAUUUACAUAUGACAGUGAUCAUUUGGUUAUUUUUGGGAUGUGCAAUUGAUGUAAAAUGAUGUUUAAGUUGAUUUUAACUGAUAAAUGUGAUUUACACUUAACAUUGAUCAUUUGCUUAUUAUGAUUGUGAUGUAUAAGUUAUGACAUUAGGGUUAAUUGUUGCAGCACAUAUUUCUAUAUAAUAAUAUUUAAUAUCCAAUAGUUAUAGAGUAUUAUGCUUAAUAUUAUCUACCUGUGAUAUAAUGCUGUUAAUAACAAUGCAGGUUUUAAAUAUUUUUGAACAUUUGUUUAGCUAGAAAUUCUUUUGGUUAGCAACUGGGUUUAAAGAAUAAGUUUGCACAGUUUGAUAUUAAGCAUGUUAAUGUCUAUUUAUAGAUAUUUUUGUCAAUAAGCCAGUAUAUUUCUUAACAUUGUUUUUACCUAAUGUCAUUUCUUUGAAAAUUUGUUAAGUAUUAGGAAAUACUUAAAAUUUUUGUUACAGGAUUUUUGUUAAUAAAAAAGUAUUCUUUCUA